ACUGUGAUUCGUUUAGGAUCUCCGUUGCCAGGACAUCACCAACAGUUUACAAAUAUGUCGACUUUAAUCUGAAAGCAACCAAAUGGCUAAUGACAAGUUCUUCCCCUUGUCUGUUUCACACCUAGUCAUAUGUGUUUUAUUGCUUUUUCCCCUGGCUCACACUCAAAACAUUGUCGUUUUCCAGCCGUCGUUUCUCACUGCAACUGGACCCGCGGUCUCUGCCCUCCUGCUCGGAAACACGUCGGGCAUCUCUCUGAGUCUGAGGACAGUGUCUCCAUCCAACACAACAGGAAGCAUCGGUCCUCCAUCAUGUGUGGCUGAGGUGACACAGUGGGUGCUCACAAGGGAGCAGGUGGGAAAGACUGCAGUUCGAGUUCAGCUGAGACUGAAUAGAAGUCUGCGUUUAUGUGGUGAGAAUGAGACAGACGCAGACUGCUGUCCUGAGCGGCUGUGUGUCCGGGAGGCCCUUCGGGUGUCGGCCUGUGUGGGCGACACACCUCAGGCAUCACUGCUGAUCCAGGCUAAGAUACAUGCCCAGCUGUAUCCUGCGAAUGUUGGAUCUGAUAAUGAAACAGUCAUUCCAAAUCAAGUGUACCAACCACUGGGGCCUUGUCCUUGUGAUCUCACAUUCAGAGCAUGUGACAUACGCUGCUGCUGUGACAAGGACUGCUCCUCUGAAGAUUUGAGGCUGUUUGAGUCCCACUGUCUCCCAGGACCCUUUGGUGGACAGGUCUCUCCUGCUCCAGAUUAUCAGUGCUCUGUGCAGUCCUCUGAAAACUCCCCAGACUGGUUUCCAUUUUUAUGUGUCUCUUCUCCGCCUGAAAACAACCCUUACCUUGGGCUCUUUUACCAGGGAGACACAAUUACGUCGAAGCCUGGCCCAACCUUCCAAAGGCCUGAGUUGUCAGCUCCAGAACCAGUAAAUGUUUACAUUCAAAGAAGUCCCAUUUUAACAUUAAAUAACCAGUACUUCACUAUUCCUCAGAAGGUGCUCGGGCGGUGUGUAAACAAUGCUCCUGUAGCAUUUUUAAAAAAUUUCAAUGUCACAUGUGUAACACUGCUACACAUCUGUCCAACUGGACCUCCCUUACAGACACUACCCAUCGAUUUUAGGACUAAAGUAAAGAAUGGACAAGGGGGUGAUGUUACAGUGGAUGUAACAGAUGAAGUGGCCUCUGACAUGAGUCCGUUUAUUUCGAACAAAGACGCUGUUGCCUCCUCAGAUGAGACGCUGGUAUGUGAGAAUCUGACCUUAGCGCUGGAUUAUAAAUUCUACUGGAAAGGAAAUGGCAUCACGAAUAUCACUCUGACACGCACUGUUGGAACCAUCACUUUGAAUGGUAGUGUGACACUAACUACACGGUAUUCUGCUGUGUUUGUAAAUGGAGAAUUCAUGGGUGAGCCCAACUCAGGGAACCCAGGUUAUCAGGUGGGAAGGCCUGUCAUUGCUGGGAUCGUGGACACUUUGGACAAUAAUACAGGCUCAAUACAGAGGACAUCAAUUAAUCUUUGGAAACCAGUUAGUGAUGGACUCUGUUCUGCUAAUAAGAAGAAACCUAUUCUGUUUGGGGAGAAUUCAACGUCAGGGUGUCUGCUGCCAGUCAGUCGACAGAAUCUGACCCAGUGUAAUCUCCUGAGAGAGACUGUUACUUCUCUCCAGGCAGCUUUGACGACAGUCACAUAUGUGGCGAGGUAUGGAAACCCAGAUCCUCUAACUGUGACAGACUGGAUUAACAUAAGCUUUGUGACACUGAACUCAAGUACAACAAUGGAAGACAACACAAGCUCAUGCUAUGGGAUUCCAUCCCACCAACGUAUCCAUGUUUGGACUCUAAUCACUGGCGUGGUAGAGGGCAUACCUCAAAGAGAAAUCCGUGCUUUGCAAGUCAGCCACAGCCUGUCCACCUGGGCACUGGAUUGUGGAGGAGGUGAUAUCUCUCCAUGUGUGGACCAAAUGGAAACUCAGCUGUUCCCAGUCACCUCUUCAGUCACCUUUAUCGACAUUCCCAUCAACACAGGACCACCAAAAACUAGGUUUCAGAUCAACUUCACUGAGUAUGACUGUAGCAGGAAUGAUGUGUGCUGGCCCGAGUUAGCUUUUCCCAUCACCAAGUAUUACACAGGUGAGCCAUAUUCUCAGGCACUGGCUAAGGGCCUUAUCUUGGUUUUCUUCUUUAUCGCUGCCUCGAUUCUUGGGACUCCAUGGAGACAAAUCCGACAGGCGUGGAACAGUGGCGCUCUCUAAAACUCUGAGAAGAAUGUAGAGGAAGACACAUGUUUGGAGGGAUAAGGAGUGAGAACAUAAACAAGAUGAUUUAUUUAAAUGUCACUGAAAUGCAAUGACACCUUUUCCAAUCAGAAAUAUUUCAUAAUAAUCUAGUUUUACAUGUUUGUGGGAGUGUAAAUAGCUGUUUUGAUGCACAAUUUUGUAAUAAAUAUUUUUUCUAUUA